GAGGCAAACGCGUAGAGAGAGAAAGAGAGAAAGGAGAGAGAGGGGGACACUGAGAUUUGAUUGGGAGAGGAAGGUUGAGCCAAAAACACUGUGGCCAGGAAACGGCUCGAAUUUCAGGGGGAGUGAAACCCGCUGGAGUGAGGGAGGAGGGGGUUGUGUGUUGGGACGUAAGGAGAAAAUUCUAGUAAACCUGACAAAGCGUCUGAGUACUAGGAUUGUUGGGGAAGAAGACGCUCUGCGUUGUGGGAUCAUAUUGAUGGAUUCACAUAUUUAUUUUGGAGAGUUUAUAUUAUUUUUUUUACUCUCUAGUUCCUCAUAAGUUGCAAUUCUUCGUUGGAUGAAGUGCGCUCGCUCUGUCUGGAACAGUGACAUGUUUUGAGUUGAAGAAACUACAAACUUGGUGAAGAAGAAAAGUUUCGGGGACGCAGCGAUGUUUUUAAGCUCUUUUUUAAGGAUAUGCCUUUCAAAUCAGAUUUUUUCAGUUGCAGUGGAACACCGAUGUUUUCAGGAUUUAAGAAUACCUUUUCAGUGAUUUAAGUGGUUGCUCCUCGGAGUGGGGAUAGUAAAAAAAAUCGCUGCUUGGCAUUUUUGGUGCAGUGGGGAGAAUUCGGUCCGUCGGGACUACGCUACACAUUCCUCUCGAUUCGACCCAUGCACUAGCCUUCUGCCUCUUUCGUGCAUGCGAAUCGUAGGUCUUCCGGAAUUUAGGUAGAAAUUCGUGCCCAGGUGAUUGGGGGUAAUUUACGUUGAGUGACAGGCCAGACAGCCUGCAGUUGAUGGUUGGGUGGAGCCCCUCAGAUGGGAUCAGUGUCCAGGGGGAGAAGGAGCCUAAGGAGGUGGGAAUGGGGGGGGGGAUUCGACCUCCUCUAACGGGAUGGCCUCACGGGCCUGGCUCCUCGCUGCCGUCCUGCUGUCCCUAGCGACAGCUACCUUGGCCAGGCCACCGUUCACAGCCGCCGAGGAGGAGGCCACGCUCGAACCCGAAGAGCCUCCGACCAAAUACCAAAUCUCUAAGCCCAUCGUGUGCUCGGUGCACCCGGGGGAACUGCUCAAGCUCAGCUGCCCUCUGCCCGACGAGGCGGGCGCCAUCACCUGGACUAAGGACGGUUCCUUUCUGGGGGCCAACAACCGUACGCUGAUAGAACAGGACGGGCUGCAGAUCCGAGACGCCACGCCCAAGGACUCGGGCCUGUACGCGUGCAGCGCCGCGGGCCCUCAGGGCAGCGACACUCUCUGCUUCAUAGUGAACGUUACAGAUGCCAUCUCGUCGGGGGACGACGAGGACGACACCGAGCGAUCGGAGGAUGUGGGGGCCGACGGCGAGCAGAUAAGAGCACCCUUUUGGACCAUGCUGGAGAAGAUGGAGAAGAGGCUGCAUGCAGUGCCCGCUGCAAACACCGUCAAGUUCCGCUGCGCUGCUGGGGGAAACCCACGGCCUAAGAUGCGUUGGCUGAAGAACAGCCGGCCAUUCCGACAGGAAGACCGCAUGGGCGGGUACAAGGUGCGACAUCAGCACUGGACACUGAUCAUGGAGAGUGUGGUGCCGUCAGACAAGGGCAACUACACCUGCCUGGUGGAGAACGCAUACGGCUCCAUCAAUCACACCUACACCCUGGAUGUUGUCGAACGGUCCCCCCAUCGGCCCAUUCUCCAGGCAGGGUUGCCUGCCAACACCAGUGUCCAUGUGGGCGAAGAUGCACGUUUUGUGUGUAAGGUGUACAGCGACGCUCAGCCCCACAUCCAGUGGCUGCAGCACAUCCAGAAAAAUGGUAGUCGCACUGGUCCAGAUGGACACCCCCACGUCCGCGUCUUGAAGACCGCAGGUGUUAACACCACAGACAAGGAGAUCGAAGUCCUCUACCUCCCCAAUGUCACUUUCGAGGACGCGGGGGAGUAUACGUGCUUGGCGGGUAAUUCUAUUGGGAUCUCGUUUCACACUGCUUGGUUGACGGUGCUUCCAGCCAAUAAGGAAGAGACAGUGACGGGCAUGACGUCACCCGACUACGUGGAGAUCGCCAUCUACUGCGUGGGGGUGUUCCUGAUUGCCUGUAUGGUGGUCAUCGUGGUGGUGUGCCGGAUGAGGAACACGGCGAAGAAGCCCGACUUCGGGAACCAGCCGGCGGUUCACAAGCUCAGCAAGCAGAUCCCUCUGCGCCGCCAGGUAACAGUCUCCAAUGACUCGAGCUCCUCGAUGAACUCCAGCACGCCGUUGGUGCGCAUCACUACGCGACGCAGCUCGGCUGGCCACGACGACCCCAUCCCGGAAUAUGACCUCCCCGAGGACCCCCGCUGGGAGUUCUCCCGAGACAGGUUGACCCUGGGCAAACCGCUGGGCGAAGGCUGCUUUGGCCAGGUGGUCAUGGCUGAAGCUCUGGGCAUCGAUAAAGACAAGCCCAAGGACGCCGUCACGGUGGCCGUGAAGAUGCUGAAAGGUACAUAUGACGCUACGGAGAAGGACCUGUCUGACCUGGUGUCAGAGAUGGAGAUGAUGAAGAUGAUCGGGAAACACAAGAACAUCAUCAACCUACUAGGGGCCUGCACGCAAGAAGGGCCUCUGUAUGUGAUAGUGGAGUAUGCCUCUAAAGGGAACCUGAGGGAGUACCUACGAGCCCGCCGUCCCCCUGGCAUGGAGUACUCUUAUGACAUUGCCCGCUGCUCCGACGAACAGCUCACCUUCAAGGACUUGGUGUCCUGUACCUACCAGGUGGCCCGGGGCAUGGAGUAUCUGGCCUCUCAGAAGUGCAUCCACAGAGAUCUGGCAGCGAGGAACGUCCUGGUCACAGAGAGCAACUUCAUGAAGAUCGCAGACUUCGGACUGGCCCGGGACGUCCACAACAUCGAUUACUAUAAGAAGACCACCAACGGUCGUCUCCCAGUGAAGUGGAUGGCUCCAGAGGCGCUGUUUGACCGCGUGUAUACUCACCAGAGCGAUGUCUGGUCAUUUGGGGUGUUGAUGUGGGAGAUCUUCACUCUGGGGGGUUCUCCAUACCCUGGUAUCCCUGUCGAGGAGCUCUUCAAGCUGCUGAAAGAGGGCCACCGCAUGGACAAGCCUGGCAACUGCACCAACGAGCUGUACAUGAUGAUGAAAGAUUGUUGGCAUGCUAUCUCCUCCCAUCGGCCCACAUUCAAACAGUUGGUGGAGGAUCUGGACCGCAUCCUCACCCUGGCCACCAACGAGGAGUAUCUGGACCUGUGUGCCCCAGCAGAGCAGUAUUCCCCCAGCUUCCAGGACACACGCAGCUCCUGUUCCUCCGGUGACGACUCGGUGUUCUCCCACGACCCCCUACCGGACGAGCCCUGCCUCCCCAAGUACCAGCACAUCAACGGGGGUGUCAAAACAUGAGGCCUCCCCUCCUCAACUCUCCCCGGGCCUUGACAUGGCCCUAACCCUUUAAAAUCCACCCUCACAAAAAACACUUCAGCAAAGAUAAACUGAGAUAUCUCCGCGUCUACCCCACCCCUCGACCCCCUCCACCACCAUUCCUUUGGCUCCUAACCGAACCGGAUGGGACUGGGCUGGUGGCAGCGCUGCUGUUAGAACUGAACACACACACAUGCACACGCUCUCAUACACAUUUUGAAGGUCCUUAAGGAGAGGACAGGGACCCUUGGUGAAGGCUCCACUGGACUGACUGAAUGAAUAGCUGUUCCCAGCGCCUCUUUCAGUUUUUUGAUUCCCGUUGUUUUCCACAAGGAGUAUACACUUUUUGCGUUCCGGGAUUCCAUUCCAUUGGCUUGCAUUCCAAAAAUGUUGUUUGUUCCCAGAGGGAACAAUAUGGACCAUAAUGAAGUGAGGACGAAAAAAACAAGGGACCUAAAAGGAGGAAUCAGAAAGGACUGAAAUAAAUCAUUGACUAACAAAAAGAAAUGAAUAGGAGAGCGCAUACUUGUUAUAUCUUGUACAAUUUUCUUUAACUUUUCACCUUCUCUUGAUAAAGCCCACACACUUAUAAUUAUUAUGGAGAGGAAAAAAAAAAAUACUCAGUCUAUUGUGCUGGGUAUAUUUGUAAAUAUAUUCAAAUAUGUAUAAAUAUAUAUUAUAUAUUUACAGUGAAUUAUUUUUUGUAUUGUCCCCUUCUACUCCGGCUCCUCCCUCAUUUGGUUUGAGACAGGUGUGUCCCCAAGGUCGUUAUUCUGUCUACUUGUUCUCUUUGAAACACAUACAUCAACACAGGCAUGCAUAGGUGUACUCACACCUGUCUCGCUCUCACUCAAUGACACAUUAAAGUAUUGGCUUUCAGGGAAAGAGGGUAGCAUGUUAUUUAUUGACUUACGUUUUUUUUUUUUUUUUAUGAAAUCAAAAGGUAAAAAACAGAACAAAAAUAGUAAGAAAGAAGAAUGCUAUUAAUGAUGCUGAUAAUAAAGUAUAAAUAAUCCAUUGUGUUUAUUAUCAUAAUUUAAAAUGAUCUUUCAGAGGUACAGUAACAGAAGCAAAGCUAUUUUUAGUAGUGGGUGUUUGAAAGAUCCAGGUUUCGUAUGUUUUAUAUAUAAAUGUGAAUAUUAAGUUAAAAUUGAAAUACUGUACAUUUUAUAGUCUGCUAAUAACUUUCUUAUGUAGAUGAGGCAUUUUUAUCCAGUAAUUGUAUUCUUUCUUAGUUUUGAAUUUGAAAGGAGAUUAUUUCUGGAUAUUUGUAUAUGAUUGAAAAGGAAAACUACCCGCUAGCAAUCUGUUGCUUCAUCUAGACUUAAAGAAUAGAUUCCAAAUUCACAUCAGCGCAUUACAUCUGAAAAACUAAAGUAUUAAAUCAUUCAAGUGUUUUUUUUUUUUUACCGGACCAAUAAGAUGUUCUUUGCAAUUGUUUGUGUCACAUUUGCAA